AUGGGCUCCUCCGAGGCGCGGCUCGCGGUCGCGGACAGGGUGUACCACGCGAGAGGCGCGCCCGCGGAAGUGCUCGCGGGUCCGAAGUGCGAGACCGCGCUGGGGUGGAUCAAGCCCGUCGCGGACGAAGCCGCGAAGGACGCGGAGAAGAACGAGGACUUCCAGCUCCCGCGGUCGCCCGGGUUACUGCGCGAGCGCGAGAGAGACGCGCGGUGGGUCAGCGAAGACCAGCUCGAGAACGGGAACGAGCAGAUCUUCAUGGAGGAAGACCUCGCCGCGCGGGGGGUGCCGGAGGCGCAGAGGCACCUGGGGUACCGCCGCCUCAUGGGACGAGGCGUAGAGCGGGACGAAGCCGAGGCGUUUAGGGAUUUCGAAGCCGCCGCCGCCGCCGGGGACGAGCUCGCGGCGUUUAACCUCGGGUACAUGCACAUGAAAGGCAUCUCCACGCCGCAGAACUUCACGGAGGCGAGGCGACGCUUCGAGCACGCGGCGAGGACCAACAAGCUUCCCGCGGCGUUCAACGGCCUCGGGGUUUUACACUUCAACGGCUGGGGCGUGGAGAGAAACUACACCGCCGCUCGGCUCGCGUUUGAAGCCGGCGCGGCGAGGGGCGACCCGGAUAGCAACUUCAACCUCGGCGCGAUCUACCAAAACGGCCUCGGCGUGGACAUGGACGCGAAGAAAGCAGUGGAGUUUUACGAGGCCGCAUCCGAGGCUGGGCACUGGCGCGCGCCGCACGUCCUCGCGAUUGCGCACCACACUGGGUCCGGGACGGAUGUAAAUUGCACGCGCGCGGCGGAGCUGUAUAAAACGUUCGUCGACGAACGCUUAGGUUGGACGCGUCUGCAGGACGACGCGAUGGCAACCUUAGACGGCGGCCCGGUCACGGACGACGAGACGCAGAAAACCACGGACGCCGCACCCGACGCGUGGGGCGCGCUCGUGAAGUACGUCCUCCUCGCGGAGCAAGGUAGCGCGAGCGCGACGUCGAACGCGGCGUGGGUGUUGAGAAAAUCCAAAGACGCGGUGAUCGCGUCGAGCGGCGGCGUGCUCGACCGCGAGACGUUCUUCACCGUCGCGAGGGAGAUGCUCGAGCGCGCGGUCGUCAUGGGCGAGCACGAAUCGCACGUCGACCUCGGCGAUUUGCACUGGGAGGCGGUGAGAGCGUCCGGCGGGCCGAGACCUUUCGUUCCGAGAAGCGUCGAGGAGGGCGCGUCAAACGGCGGAGAGACGGCGUCGAACGAGGGAGAGACGGCGUCGAACGAGGGAGAGACGGCGACGCCCUCGCCUUCGCCUUCGCCGCCGCGGUUCCCUCCCCGAGACGCGUCCCCCGAGGAGAGGGUGUACUUCCACUACCGCGCAGCCUCGGACGCCGGGUCCGUGGAGGGCGCGGUGAACCUCGCGUGGUAG